UCUCUCUGUUGUGUUUUUGAAGCAAAUAUACAAAAAAGCCUUUGCACGCUCAUUCACCGUUUCUUCUACAUUUCCCCCUUCCCUCUCGCCGGCAUUCUCCAGAAUCCAAAAUACCACCGAAAACACACAUAAACAAUCACACACUCUAUUCUUUCUUCUCUAUAGGAUUCGGCGGAGAUCGAUAGGUUUGAGACGUGCGUAUUGUAGUUUGAUAGGAGAGAAGCAACAAUGUCGGAGGAAGAGAAGUUGUUGAAGGAGGCGAAGAAAUUGCCGUGGGAGGAUCGCCUCUUCCACAAGAAUUGGAAGGUGCGCAACGAGGCGAACAUCGAUUUGGCGUCGCUCUGCGACUCCAUCACCGAUCCUAAAGACUCUCGCAUCCGCGAAUUCGGACAUUUUUUCAAGAAGACAGUGGCGGAUUCAAAUGCGCCGGUACAGGAGAAGGCGCUGGAUGCGUUGAUUGCGUACUUGAGAGCUGCGGAUGCCGACGCCGGCAGGUACGGGAAGGAGGUCUGCGAUGCGGUUGUGGCUAAAUGUCUGACGGGGAGGCCAAAGACGGUGGAGAAGGCUCAGGCAGUGUUUAUGUUAUGGGUGGAAUUGGAGGCCGUGGAUGCGUUUCUGGAUGCGAUGGAGAAAGCAAUCAAAAACAAAGUUGCUAAAGCAGUGGUACCUGCAAUAGAUGUUAUGUUUCAAGCUUUAAGUGAAUUUGGAGCAAAAAUUGUGCCUCCAAAAAGAAUUUUGAAGAUGCUUCCAGAACUCUUUGAUCAUCAAGAUCAAAAUGUUCGUGCAUCCUCUAAAGGGUUGACCCUCGAGCUUUGCCGUUGGAUUGGUAAAGAUAGUGUAAAGUCAAUUUUGUUUGAGAAAAUGAGGGACACAAUGAAAAAAGAGCUAGAAGCAGAACUUGUAAAUGUUACCGGAACAGCAAAGCCAACCCGUAAAAUAAGAUCUGAGCAAGACAAGGAACCCGAACAAGAAGCUGUGUCCGAGGUUGUCGGUCCUGGCCCCACUGAAGAUUCUGGGAAUGAUGCUCCUCAAGAAAUUGAUGAAUAUGAACUUGUUGAUCCGGUUGAUAUAUUGACUCCUUUGGAGAAGUCAGGAUUUUGGGAUGGAGUGAAAGCCACCAAAUGGUCUGAAAGGAAGGAAGCUGUUGCUGAGCUAACAAAGCUUGCAUCAACUAAAAGAAUUUCUCCUGGUGAUUUCUCUGAAGUUUGUCGGACCUUAAAGAAGCUUAUUACAGAUGUGAAUAUCGCCGUUGCAGUUGAAGCUGUUCAGGCUAUUGGCAAUCUUGCUCGUGGAUUAAGAACUCAUUUUUCUGCCAGUUCUCGCUUUUUAUUGCCUGUUUUGCUUGAAAAGUUGAAGGAAAAAAAACCUGCUUUGGCUGAGGCUUUGAUACAGACUCUUCAAGCGAUGCAGAAAGCUGGAUGCAUCAGCCUCAUAGAUAUCAUUGAAGAUGUUAAGACAGCCACAAAAAACAAAGUCCCUCUUGUGCGAUCCUUAUCCUUGACGUGGGUGACAUUUUGUAUUGAGACAAGUAACAAGGGUGUUAUUACAAAGGUGCACAAGGAUUAUGUUCCAAUCUGUAUGGAGUGCCUAAAUGAUGGCACUCCUGAAGUCAGGGAUGCUGCCUUUUCAGCAUUGGCUGCAAUAGCUAAGUCUGUUGGCAUGAGACCUUUGGAGAGGUCGUUGGAGAAACUUGAUGAUGUUAGAAGAAAGAAGCUUUCGGAAAUGAUUUCAGGUUCUGAGGAUGCUGUGCCUGGUGGUUCUUCUGCAGCUUCUGUGCAUAAUACCCGAGCAAGUGCAUCUUCUGCGGAGACCUCUGAAAGUGCAUUUGUCAAAAGGUCAGCAGCCAGCAUGCUUAGUGGAAAGAGGCCUGUUCAGUCAGCUGCUGUCCCUAAGAAAGGAGCGGCUGUAAAGUCUGGCACAAACAAAAAAACUGAUGGAGUUGCACAGGUGAAGGCUUCAAAAUCAAUUGAACAACCUGAGGAUGUUGAGCCUACUGAGAUGAGUCUUGAGGAGAUUGAAAGUCGAAUAGGUUCUCUUAUACAGUCAGAUACUAUUGCUCUAUUGAAAAGUGCUGUUUGGAAAGAGCGUCUAGAAGCCAUUUCUUCACUGAAACAGCAGGUAGAAGGCUUACAGGACCUCAACCAAUCAGUAGAAAUUUUGAUUCAUUUACUCUGCACUUUACCUGGAUGGGGCGAGAAAAAUGUUCAGGUUCAGCAGCAGGUUAUUGAAGUGGUCAAUCAUAUAGGUUCAACUGCAGCUAAAUUUCCAAAGAAAUGUGCAGUACUUUGUCUUUCAGGACUAAGUGAACGUGUGGCAGAUAUUAAGACACGUGCACAUGCUAUGAAAUGCCUGAGUACUUUGUGUGAAGCUGUUGGUCCAGGAUUCAUUUUUGAAAGACUUUACAAGAUCAUGAAGGAACAUAAGAAUCCUAAGGUUCUCAGUGAGGGAAUUUUGUGGAUGGUUUCUGCUGUCGAGGAUUUUGGUGUCUCUCAUAUUAAGCUUAAGGAUUUAAUUGAUUUUCUUAAAGACACUGGGCUGCAGUCAAGUAAUGCUGCUACUAGAAAUGCAUCAAUUAAGCUCUUGGGUGUUCUGCAUAGAUUUGUUGGUCCAGACAUUAAAGGGUUUCUUACUGAUGUAAAGCCUGCACUGCUUAGUGCACUUGAUACGGAAUAUGAGAAGAAUCCUUUUGAGGGAGCAUCUGUAGUUGCCAAGAGAACUGUCAGGACUUCGGAUUCCUCUUCAACUGUUGCUGCUGGUGGACUUGAUGGCUUGCCUCGUGAAGACAUCAGUGGAAAGAUCACUCAAACUCUUCUGAAGAGCUUGGAAAGCUCUGAUUGGAAGGUUCGUAUGGAGUCUGUUGAUGCUGUAAACAAAAUAUUGGAAGAGGCUAAUAAGCGCAUUCAAGCUACUGGAACUGGUGAAUUGUUUGGAGCUCUUAGGGGACGACUCGUUGAUAGCAACAAAAACAUCGUCAUGGCUACUUUGACAACAAUUGGCAAUGUUGCAUCUGCAAUGGGGCAAGCUGUAGAGAAGGCAAGCAAGGGUAUUCUGUCUGAUAUAUUGAAAUGUCUUGGUGACAACAAGAAGCACAUGAGAGAAUGUGUACUGAAUGCUUUAGAUUCUUGGCUGGCUGCUGUUCAUCUUGAUAAAAUGGUUCCUUAUAUUGCAAUUGCUUUGGUGGACUCUAAAAUUGGUGCGGAUGGGCGUAAGGAUCUGUUUGAUUGGGUAUCUAAGCAACUUUCUGGGUUAAGUAAUUUUGCUGAAGCUGCACAACUGCUGAAGCCUGCCUCUUCCGCAAUGACAGAUAAAUCUUCUGAUGUUCGCAAGGCAGCAGAAGCUUGCAUUAAUGAGAUACUGAGAGUUAGUGGACAUGAAAUGAUUGAAAAGAUACUUAAAGACAUUCAUGGACCAGCACUCACUCUGGUUCUUGAGAAGUUGAAACCAUAUGGAGCUUUUCAAGGUAUGUUCUCAUUCUUCUUUGUUAAUCAUGGUGAAGUUCUUAUUUUUAUCUUACUUACACAGUUUUUGUUUUUAGAGUCAUUUGCGGUGGCCAAAUCGGUUUCAGUGGGUGCACCAGCAAAAUUGAAGGGGGGGAAAUCAACUGCUAAUGGUGUUUCAAAACAUGGAAAUAGAGCUGCAUCUUCGAGAGCUGUGGCAACAAAAGGCACUAAAUCUGAACCAAUAUCUGUUCAAGAUAUAGCGGUACAGUCUCAAGCUUUGUUAAAUAUCAAGGAUUCAAAUAAGGAAGAUAGGGAGAGAAUGGUGGUUCGAAGGUUAAAGUUUGAGGACCCUCGUCCUGAGCAAAUUCAAGAUCUCGAGAAUGAUAUGAUGAAGUAUUUCCGAGAGGAUUUACAUAGGAGACUCUUAAGUGCAGAUUUUAAGAAGCAAGUUGAUGGACUUCAAAUGCUGCAGAAGGCCCUUCCUUCCAUUGCUAAGGAAGUAAUAGAAGUUUUGGACAUUCUUCUGAGGUGGUUUGUGUUACAGUUCUGCAAAUCAAACACAACAUGUCUAUUGAAGGUGCUGGAAUUUCUUCCAGAGCUGCUUGACACCUUGAAGGAGGAGGGUUACACUCUGACAGAAUCUGAAGUGGCCAUGUUUCUUCCAUGCCUUGUAGAGAAGUUAGGGCAUAACAUUGAGAAAGUACGAGAAAAAAUGCGCGAGCUGACCAAACAAUUUGUUGCCAUAUAUUCAGCUUCUAAAUGUUUACCCUAUAUAUCAGAGGGUUUGCGCUCCAAGAAUAACCGAACUCGAAUUGAAUGUGUUGAUCUGGUUGGAUUUAUUAUUGAUCAUCAUGUUGCUGAGGUUGGUGGGCAGCUAAAAUUAUUGCAACAGGUUGCUAGUUUGACAGCAGAACGGGAUGGUGAAACUAGGAAAGCAGCAUUAAAUACACUAGCUACUUGUUAUAAGAUUCUUGGUAAUGACAUCUGGGAAUUUGUUGGGACUCUUUCAAACACUCAACACAGCAUGUUAGAGGAUAGAUUCAAGUGGAAGGUACGGGAGAUGGAAAAGAAGAAGGAAGGGAAGCCUGGGGAAGCAAGGGCCAUUUUAAGACGUGCAGUAAGGGAAAAUGGGUCUGAUGUUGCAGAGCAAAGUGGAGAGAUGUCUAGAUCUCUUGCUGGUCCUAUAUUGAGAAAAAAUUAUGGUCAACCUGAUAGUAACAUAGAGAGACAGUUGAUUUCCCGUUCUUCUGCUGUUGCUAAUGGGCCCCCAGAUUGGAACGAAGCACUUGAUAUAAUUUCUUUUGGUUCUCCUGAACAGUCUGUUGAUGGAAUGAAAGUUAUUUGUCAUGAGUUAAGUCAGGUCUCUAAUGACCCAGACGGCAUUGUUAUGGAUGAACUUGUGAAAGACGCAGAUAGAUUAGUUUCAUGCCUUGCAAAUAAGGUUGCAAGAACCUUUGACUUCAAUUUGACUGGGGCCUCGUCACGAUCUUGUAAAUAUGUGCUUAACACUCUCAUGCAGACUUUUCAGAAUAAAAGAUUAGCACAUGCUGUAAAUGAGAGCACUCUUGACAGUCUCAUUACUGAGCUGCUUCUGUGGCUCUUGGAUGACAGGGUUCCUCAUAUGGAAGAUGGAAGUCAAUUGUUGAAAGCAUUGAAUGUGUUGAUGCUUAAGAUUCUGGAUAAUGCAGACCGCACUUCUUCCUUUGUUGUCUUAAUCAAUCUUUUGCGACCGUUAGAUCCAUCCAGGUGGCCUUCACCAGCAUCAAAUGAGCCACUUGCUUCUAGAAAUCAGAAGUUUUCUGAUCUAGUUGUAAAAUGCCUUAUCAAGCUUACAAAGGUUCUUCAGAGUACUAUAUAUGAUGUUGAUCUCGAUCGCAUUCUUCAAAGUAUCCAUUUGUACCUGCAAGACUUGGGAAUGGAAGAAAUUAGAAGAAGGGCUGGUGCUGAUGACAAACCCUUACGAAUGGUAAAAACUGUUUUACAUGAACUUGUCAAGCUUCGUGGUGCAGCGAUAAAGGGUCAUCUCUCAAUGGUUCCUAUUGAUGCAAAACCUCAACCCAUCAUCCUUGCAUACAUUGAACUUAAUCUUGAGACUUUGGCAGCGGCGAGAAUGUUGACUGCAUCUGGACCUGGGGGACAAAACCAUUGGGGAGAUUCAGCAACCAAUAAUUCAGCCUCUGGGACCCAUUCUGCUGAUGCCCAGUUAAAGCAAGAGUUGGCUGCUAUAUUUAAGAAGAUUGGAGAGAAGCAAACUUGCACGAUUGGUCUAUAUGAGCUAUAUCGGAUUACCCAAUUGUACCCUAAGGUUGACAUAUUUGCUCAGCUUCAAAAUGCUAGUGAGGCCUUUCGAACUUACAUUAGAGAUGGUCUUGCUCAGAUGGAAAAGAAUGCUGCAGCUGGAAGAACUCCCUCGAGUUUACCUAUGCCUACUCCUCCACCAGCAUCUUUAAACAUAUCUUCCCCUGAUUUUGCACCUCUCUCACCUGUAAAUGCAAAUCCAUUGGGUGAUGCUAAAUUAAAUAUGAAACCUGACCCAACAAAUUUUAAUUUACCCCCAUCAUACAGUGAGGAGAAUAGGCCUGUGAAUGCCAUUACGUCUAGAGCAUUAAAUUCUGACUAUACAUUAGGUGACCAAAGAAAUGAUAGAUUUAUGACAGGAGUAACCAGUGGUACGUUGGAUGCAAUCAGAGAGAGGAUGAAGAGUAUGCAAUUAGCAGCUGCUGCUGGGAGUACAGAAUCUGUCGGUAGACACUUAACAAGUGCAAAUGACAACUUGAAUCAUGGAGUUCCUCCUAGUCAGAUUCCUCAUACAGCAGAGCAUGCCGGAACCGAGAAUACUUUGCAUGGUGGGGUACUUCCUAUGGAUGAGAAAGCACUGUCUGGCCUUCAAGCGCGGAUGGAAAGAUUGAAAAGUGGUUCCCUUGAACCUCUUUGAUGGUAAAGAGAAAAAAAAUCUCACUAAUGUCAGAUUUCAUUCAUGCAGUGGCGUACAGCGUGUCGUCAUAUAAUUUUCAAUACGGUAUAGAUGAAUAUGUAUAAUCCUCUUCAAACUACGGAACAUUGACGUUGCAGAGCAUAGCAGGAUUGGUUGCCGUUCAUUUACCGCCCUUGCAAUUAUUUCACCUCAUGCAUGCUUUGCCCUCUUGCUCGUUGUAUAUGGUAGUGGAGCUUUGUUUUUCUAACAGGAGUUAAUGUAGAUUGCGUCAAUUUAAUGCAAUUUUACAGAUCAUUCCUUACUGACGCUGAGCUUUGCUUGGUGUUAUCGCAUUAGCUUGUUUCAGCAAAUUUUGACACUGGUGUUUCAAUUUAAUUAUGCAAAAUGAAUUAUAGAAGGACAUCACGUUCAAUGUCCUUGAAUUUGUUCAUUAUUCGUUUGUGCUUGCGAAAGUUGCUGUGCUGUUUCGUACUUAGUAUAUACUAUUUUGAAGUCUACUAAUCA